AUGCGUAUAUCUUCGAGUCUGAGCUGCCUCUACGCAGCCGCGACGGUCUCUGCAGCACCUUUUCUCACUCAGCUGGAUAGCUCGACCUGGGUCUUUGGCAACGAUCUAUUCAACGUCACUCAAGGUUCGGUAUACGCAACCGAGGUGCACUAUGGCGGUCAUGAGUUGGUCGGGACUGCUGCUGGGCACUACAUGGGUUACGACGGAGAGAACAACUUUGAAUGGACCUCUGCUGCCAUCGUCUCAGAGGGCGAUGGGUAUAUCGACAUAAGUUUCUCUUCCUCAGCGGGCGAUCUUCACUGGGUCAUAUUCGAUGGCCUCGCGGGAUCGUACCAGUACUUUGUAAAUACCGCCGUGCCGGACUUGAGCAUUCUGAGAACUUUGUGGAGGCUUGACCCAUCCUUGUUCCUCAACGCAAGAACCUACCUGCGAGAUCAGCCGCUGCCGGAUUUCUCGCUGUAUGCGAACGCGACAAAGGUGCAGGAUGAAACAUGGGAACUCAGUGACGGCACAUUCAUCACCAAGUAUGACUUUUCCGACUUUGUGAGAGACCGAGAUUACUACGGCAUCUAUGGCUCAGGUGUAGUUGGCUCGUGGUAUAUAUUUCCAGGAGGUGAUUACCACAACUCGAAUCAGCUUAGUCAGACUUUGACUGUACAUCGAGAGUCCUCUACGGGCGAUUCUGUCCAGCUCAAUGUCUUCCAAGACACUUCCCAUUUCCGAGUUGGCCAAACCACUCCGCAGCCGGUCGGCAAGAUUUGGGGCCCGUGGCUUUGGUAUCUGAAUGAUGGCUCACUGGAAGACGUCGAGAGGCAGCGCCAGGAUGAACUGCAAAGCUGGCCAUACUCGUGGCUCAAUGAUACAGCCUACCAUCGGCGAGGAGAAUUGUCGGGAACUCUCAAGCUUUCCGACGGACGCGCAGCGUCAGGUGCUGCUGUCUAUCUUGGUGACACCAACACUACGGUCAGGCCAUUGAUACAGGGUAGCAACUACUAUUACACCGCAGACGCUGAUGAGAAUGGUCAAUUCUCCUUUUCACAAGUCCGUGCCGGUGAAUAUGGACUGUAUGCAUGGUCAAACGGUGGUGAUAUUGGAGAUGUCUAUUCCAAUUUUACAACCACCAAUGUCGUCGUUUCUGAGGGCGAGGCUACAGAACUGGGUACUCUGAGCUGGGACAUCUCGGGGCUCCAAAGGAUCUUCCAGAUCGGCGACUUUGACAAGAAGGCUCUCGGCUUCAAGAAUGGCGGCCCACCAUACCAACACGGUGUGGCGGAUCAAAGUCCAGCCAACCUGACAUACGACAUAGACGCCUCGGACGUCUCGGACUGGUAUUAUGCCCAAUCACUCAUCGGUACCUGGACCGUUCAAUUCGCCUUGACAGCAGCGGAUGUAGCAAACCAUACCGACCGUGGAGCGCUGCUGAGCGUUUCACUUGCCGGAUACUCGCAGAGUGCCGCACUGAACAUUAGCGUCAACGGGAAUCUUCUAGGGUCGCUGGAUAAGGACAGUCUCGCUUCCGACCCAGCUCUUUAUCGUUCCGGAAAAACGAGCGGCGAGUGGAGGUUCUUUCAGUACGAGAUUGGCCCCGGAAUUCUUGUUGAAGGAACAAACACUAUUGAUUUUACCAUCACGCGGUAUACUCAGUGGAGAGGGUUCAUGUGGGACAGCGUGAUUUUGGAGUGGCUGUAG